UAAUCUUUUGAUAAACUGUGGUUGACACCUACCUACCAACCCAACCCAACCGAAGCAAUUUGCUAUGCUUUUGUCGGAAACUUUAGAGACCGGCAACAACAUAAAAUGAGCAAUUUUUGGGCCAAUAUGUCACAGUUCGUUAAAUUUUUGAGAAGAAAACAUAUAUUCCAGUAUUACUAUCUAUCCUGCAAAAGCCAUCGCCGAAUUUGAAACACUGCUUCGAAAAUGCCUGCUCCUCCUCCGAAGAAGGCAAAGUACGCAUGCUCAUUUAAACCAGAUUUCACGAAAAUGUACCCAUGUAUAAUAGGGGUCAAGUCUGAUUCGCAUGCUGCAAAGUGCACCGUUUGUAAUUUAGUGUUCACUGUACGUCAUGGAGGAAAGAACGAUGUUGACAAACACAUUAAGGGAAAGAAGCAUGAGAAAUGUGCGAAAGAAAUUGCCCAGAACCAGACAUUCAAGUUCACCUCACAGAGUGGUUCAUUGAAAGAGAAAUUAAUCAGAGCAGAGGUAUUAUUUACGGCCUUCAUCCUGGAACAUAACCUUCCAUUUGCUCAGCAUGCAAACCAACUUUUUAAGCAGAUGUUUCCAGACUCCGAGGUGGCCAAAGAGUACAAGUGCUCUUACACGAAAACUGCAGCAAUAACUGAGAAUUCAUUAGAACCAGAAGCAUCCAAAGUAAUGUUUUCCUGCCUGAGAGACCGUAGACAGCCGUUUACAUUAAUGCUAGAUGAAUCCAAUGAUAUACUGUGCCAGAAGGAAUGUGCGAUUUUGGUGCGAUACUUCAACGAAGAGUUGGGGAAAGUAAGCGUUGGUUUUCUUGACAUGCCAUUUGCAAUGUAGCAACAGCCCAGAAAAUCUUUGAUGUUGUGGAUGGCUCUCUUUGUAGCAGUGGACUACUAUGGGACAAUGUUGUAGGAUUUUCGUCUGAUAAUUGUAACGUGAUGAU